AUGAACACAAUAUCAGAUAAUAGUGUUAUUCGUAAUAUGAAGGACCUGAAUGAAGCAAUGAAAAUUGUUUUGAAAGAAGACCAACAAGAUGCCUCUCCAGGAACACUAAUUUAUACUUUCAGAUUAGAAGGAGUUAUCACUUCAAACUUGUCUUUUGUAGAUGUUGGAUUGGAAGAAAUGGUUCCAUUAUCAGAUUAUUUAAAGGGAAUCAGAAAUGAUGCCAAUACCUUAUUCUCGACAGUAUUUUCUCAAUUAUUAACUGAUGACUUUAGAGCAAUCAUACUUGCCAACUGUUCUCCACAUGUUUCGGCAGCAGAAGCAGCCAAGAAAACAAUGGAACAAACUUCGUCUUGUAUUUUGAAAAAGAUUCCUCAACCAAAAUCACAAACAACCGCCCAACUAGUUCAACAACCACAACAACCAGCAACUGUCACACCACAACCAUCAAAACCAUCAGAGGUUCCUCCAGUCCAGCAACCCCAAAUUGACACACAAGAGAUUGAGAAGUUGAAACAAGCCUAUGAAACAAUAAUUUUCAAGCUUAAAUCCAAUAAUGAAUCUGUUAAAUCAAAGCUGUUAAAAGUAUCCAAGGAAUUCAAAGACUUGAAGAAAAAUCAAGUAGACAUCAGAACGGAAUAUUUGGAACAAAUUCAAAAGACUGGAUCUACCUUAGGAUCGUUCACUUCCACAGAAAUUGGAAAAAUAUCAUCACAUUUGAUUGAGGAAAGAAAUAAGAUUGUUACUGAGUUUAAAUCACAAUUAAAUGAAAAGAUGCAUCAAAUGGAAACCCUUCAAACCAGUUUGAAUGUAACAACAGAAAGAGAGAAACAAUUAAAACAAGAUUUAGAAAACUUACGUGAUCAACACGAAAAGGAGAAGAAUGAUAUGGUUAAAUCUGAAGAGGGAAAGGAAUCCCAAAUUCAACAACUUUCAAUUUCAGAGUCUGAAUUGAAGGUUUCAAUUCAUGAAAUUUCCCAAGAUUUGCAUUCAGAAAGAGAAAAAUCCUUAAAAUUAACAUCAGAAAUUGACCGAUUGACAAAUAUUGUCAAUCAAAAUCAAAUAGAUAUGAACAAGAGCUCCAAUGACGUGCAACAAAUGGUUAAAGAAUCUGAAGAGAAGUAUGAAAAGAUAUCCUCACAGUUUGCUGAAUUGCAAUCCACACUUUCAGAAAGAAGUAAUACUAUUUUGGACCUCACUAACGAAUUGCAUUCUGAAAAUGAAACUGUUGCUAAUCUUAAAAAAUUGAUUGAAUCCAAUUACAUGUCUUCAGAAAAACAAAUAGAAGAACUUAAACUUGCGCUAAAUGAACAUAAGAAUCAAUUGGAGGAGAGAAUUAAAGAGCUUGAAGACUUGAGAUCAAUUAUUACAUCUAAAGAUGAAGUAAUUACAACAAAAGAUGAUCAAAUCUCUCAUUUAACACAAAAAAAGAAUAAUGUUGAAUCUCUUUUGGAGAAAAUGAAGCAUGAUGCCUCCUCCAACCACGAGACUUUGGUUGUUGAAAAUAACAAGCUUGAAGAAGAGAAGAAUAGACUUGACAACAAUUACCAACAAGCUCUAGAAACCAUCAAGAAAAUUCAAGAUGAGUUGAGAAACUCGAAUGAAACUGUGAUUUCCCUGCAACUUCAAUUAGAGGCAAAACAAAAAGAACACUCUUCCCUCAAUUCAAAAUUCAAUGAUUUGCAAGAAAAGUUCGAAGAUGUAUCCAAAACUUUACAAGAAACCAAGUCCGAUCUUACUCAACAGUUAACAGAUAAAGAAAGUCUCUUGAAAACUCUUUUGCAAAAGACUGAUGAUAUGACCAAAGAAUUGGCUGAAUAUAAUAAGGAGAAAGAGGCCCAAAUUACUUUAGAGGAAGAAAGCAAAAAAUUGAACGAGAAAUUGAAUACCACCAAUCAAGAACUUUCUAAAUUAAAAGAGGAAUUACAAAACACAACACAAGAUAGGGAUUCUACAAGAUCAGAAUUGGAAAAUACUCUUAAAAUUGUAUAUAACUUGAAUAAUACUGUUAAUUCCCUAACUGAAGAAAAAGAUAAUUUGCAUGAACAAUUACAUACAGAAAUGGAAAACAAAUCUCAGUUGGAAAACACCUUGCUUUCAAACUUGGAUAAAACAACAUUAGAACAAAGAAGUGAAAUUCAAAAACUUAAGGAAAUAUAUGAAAGUGAAAUCAAGAAACUCCAAGAAGCAAGCAAAACAGAAAUCAUUAAUCAAAAGGAAAAAUACGAAUUUGAUUUGAAUGAACUAAAAACGAGAUAUGAAAGAGAAAUGGAAAGUGUUAAAAAAUCCUAUCAAGAUGAAAUUGGAGUAAUGAAGGAAAGUUGUGAAACUGAGCUUAAUAUUCUAAAAGAAAAAUCUGAAGAGGAAAUUUCACAACUAAACUCUCAAACAAGUAAUCAAUCAUCCAAGAUUAAACAAUUAUCUGAAGAUCUGAGGAAGAGUAAGGAUAGUAUUGAGAAGGAAAUUUCCAGGAGAAGCUCUAUUGAAAAGGAACUCCACGACUUGCAAAAACAACACAAAUCUCUAGAAAAGGAAUCCCAAGAAAAGAAAGAUACUCUUGAAAAGUCUCUUAAAACACUCAAGGAAAAGGAAGCCGAGUUGAAGGAAAUCAAGAGGGAUGCAAUUGAUCUCUCUAAAAAGUGUAAAUCUUGGGAGGUUACAUCUCAAGAAAAAGAUAAGGAAAUUAUUAAACUGAAGAAGGAAUUGGAAAAGAAGACAAUUGCUUUAUUAGAAAAAACAGCUAAGCAAGAGCCUGCAAUAGAUAACGAACUUGUAAAACGAUUACAAAAGGAGAAGGAAACCUUAGAACAACAAGUUAAGGAAUUGACGGAAGCCCCAGCUGCAAGUGAAACACCUUCAAUCGAAGUUUCAAUGAUGAAGAAUGAACUCGAAAUGGGUAAGGCAGAAAUUUCUGACCUCAGAGAAAAGCUCAAUGAAUUGCAACAAGAAAAGAAGAAGAAUCAAAUUAUUUCUGAUAUUGGUGUCAAACCAUCAAAGGACAAGAUUCUAUCCCAUAUUCAAACAUUAAUCUAUGCUAUUGAGAAGGCAAAGCAAGAAAAGUAUCAUUACAAGAAGACUUGCAAAUUACUUGAACAAGAAUUAGAAUUAUGGAAGUGUGCUGUUCCUUCAGUCAAACAACAAAAGGAUACAGUAAGCAAAUUCACAAAGUGUGAAGAAAUAAUCAAGGAAAUGAAAUCUAGUAUCAAACAACUAAGAAGUAUUCAAGAGUAA